AGAAAAUGUCACCUAGGUUAUUUUGUUUUUAGCGAGUCUCGAUUUUUCUAAUUUUCCGGCGAAAUGAACAGGAAAAGCGGCAGCAUCGAACUGCUGGACUUGGACAACAACACGUUCAACAAAUCCCUGCCGUUGGACGGCUUCAGGACCGACUCCAAAUCGAAUCUGUUGAACAAACAAGAUGCUACGAGUUGGGGCAAAACAUCGCCCAGCAAGAGUUAUUGUUCAUCUAGUUCGACAUCGACUGAAAACGUAGUGUCCACUUUAGAACGUAAAAAGGUUUCAAACGAAAGUGGAAUUCCUAGUCGACCAGAUGAUCCCCCUUUACUGCCCGGCGAAAAAGUAACAGGCCAAGCUCGAGAUGUUACCUACUUGUGCCCCUAUCACGGGCCUGCGAGAGGAAUACUCACCGUCACUAACUACAAAUUAUUCUUCAAGUCCGCUGACAAAGAUACCCCCAAUAUCAUCGAAGUACCUCUCGGAGUGGUGUCGAGGAUCGAGAAGGUAGGCGGUGCUUCGUCUAGAGGGGAAAAUGCUUAUGGUAUAGAAGUAUUCUGUAAAGAUAUGCGCAAUCUGAGGUUCGCCCACAAGCAAGAGAACCAUUCGAGGAGAAAUGUAUUCGAGAAAUUGCAAACCUACGCUUUCCCUCUAUCGCACAAGAUGAACUUGUUUUCGUUCGAGUACUCCGAGACCUUCCCGGAGAACGGUUGGGCCGUUUACGAACCAAUAGCUGAAUUAAAACGAAUGGGUGUUAAUAACGACAUGUGGAAGAUAUCGAAGAUAAACGAACACUACGAAAUCUGCGAUAGUUACCCCACCGUAUGGGCCAUUCCCUCACAAGUGACUGACGACGAUAUCAAGGCUGUGGCCAAUUUUAGAAGUAGAGGCCGGAUACCCGUCUUGAGCUGGAUACAUCCCGAAUCGCAGGCCACCAUCACCAGGUGUUCGCAGCCCCUCGUAGGCGUUAGCGGGAAGCGGUGCAAGGAGGACGAACGGUACGUGCAGCUAAUAAUGGACGCGAACGCUCAAUCGCACAAAUUGUUCAUAAUGGACGCCAGGCCGAGCGCGAACGCCAUGGCGAACAAGGCAAAAGGCGGCGGAUACGAAUCAGAAGACGCCUAUCAGAACGCCGAGCUGGUGUUUUUGGAUAUACACAACAUACACGUGAUGAGAGAGUCGCUGCGGAAGCUCAAGGAAUUGUGUUAUCCGAACAUACACGAGGAGAAGUGGCUGUUUGGGCUGGAAUCCACCUAUUGGUUGAAGCACAUCAAGUGCAUCUUAGCGGGAGCUUUGAGAAUAGUCGAUAAAGUGGAGAGUCAUAAAACGUCGGUUUUGGUUCAUUGUUCGGACGGUUGGGAUCGUACGGCUCAAUUAACAGCUCUAUCGAUGCUGUUGCUCGAUCCUUACUACAGAACGAUCAAAGGUUUCGAAGUGUUGAUAGAAAAGGAAUGGUUAUCGUUUGGGCAUAAAUUUCAACAGAGGAUAGGCCACGGUGACGAUCAUCAUUCCGACGCGGAUCGAUCUCCGGUGUUCCUGCAAUUCGUGGAUUGCGUAUGGCAAAUAACCCAGCAGUUUCCCAACGCCUUCGAAUUCAACGAUUAUUUCCUGAUCACCAUUUUGGACCAUUUGUACUCGUGUAGGUUCGGUACGUUCCUGUUCAACAGCGAACGGGAGAGGGUUCAAGAAAAGGUUAAAGAGCAAACGGUAUCGUUGUGGUCGUACACGAACAGCAAUUUGAACUUCUGCAGAAACCCUUUGUACUGGGCGAAUAAUUUGCAGCAGAGAGUGUUGAUACCGAUCGCGAGUAUUCGACAUAUCAAACUGUGGAAGGCCUAUUAUUGCAGGUGGAAUCCCAGCAUGAGGACACAAGACCCCGUCUAUCAGAGAAUAAGGGAAUUGUUGAUGUUGAAAGGGCAGUUGGAGCACACCGUGGAGGAAUGCAAGAAGGAGCAACAGCAGAGGACGCAGCGAAGCAACGUUUCGCCCACAUGAUGCGCCAUCAUCGAAACCUACGUUUAAUUUCAGUAUUACAGCGGUCGAUCGUACGGGCGGCCUCUUGUUAUUCGGCAAACCAAAAAAAAACAUAUGGAGUUUAUUUUUUCUUGAGAUACUUCUAUGAAUCCGGCGACGGGUAUUUAACUAGAGGAUUGGCGGAUUUGGAACCUUUAGUGAAAUAAACGUUGUUGUUAAAUUUGGAUAACACGUUGGCAGAGAUUAUAAAGUUUCAAACCUAGGAUGGAUAUUUUCUGAAUAGUAUUUCUAUCGAAAAAAAGAAACAUUCCUUUUUUAUUUAUUAUCAAUGCUAUGCGAUUAGUUAAGUUUUUUAUAGGUAGACGAAUCGACUUCCAUUUAUUCGUAAUCUUUGCCAAAAAAAAUUGCUUUGUUCUUACCGUGGUUUUCUAAGUGUUCAAUUUAUUUUUUUGUUUAAUGAAAAAAGACUUGAUAAUUUUAAGACGCUAACAAAAGUUUAUUUUACAGCAGAGUCGAGCUUUUCUAAGAAUAUUUAUAAUUAUUUCGACGCGUAUAUUGUGCAUAAAUAAAUAAAAAAAAAUAAGAGUUUAUCGAACAUGUUUUGUCCUUCCGAAUUUAUCAUAACACGCUCGGGCGGGUUCGCAAUUUCUAAUAAAUUGCCGGGCACGCAGGGUGGGUAGAAAUGGUUUCGCUUUUACAAUUUCUAGUUGGGAAAUAUCCGUUUACAUAAAAAAAAUAAAUCCAUUUCUAAUUUUCGUACGUUGACGAUAUUUCAUUAACGCGUUUAUCGCAAAGAUAAUUUCAUUAUUGAAAUCGAUACAGAGCGUGCCUACUUUUGUUUACGCAUUAAUUAAUAAACUGCUCCACAAAAGUUAAGGAAGUUGCAAAUUUUGCGAUUAUUCUAAAAGUUGCAGACUUUUUGA